AGUCUCUCUAAUUUGGUUCUUACUAUAUAACUAUAUACUGUUAAACGGACUCUUGAAUGUACAAUUGCUUGAAAUAUUUUGUUCAUUCUCCAUCCUGGUACAGAGAUUAUUCAUAUUGAAGCCUCAAUAUGGAUUGCGAGAGCCUCACGGAUGAGCAGGAGUGGGAAUCCAUCAAAAGGACUGACAAUGCACUCGUAAUCGCCCUUGGAGUGUACGCUAACAAGUACCACGACCGCGAUUUGAGGGAUUUUAGGGGGCGUUCUGAUUACCCAGGUCUUUCGGUCUAUUGGGUGGACGAUGAAAGAGUCCCAGGGAUUUGGAAUGAGCUUGGCCGCCGCCGCCCAGUGACAUCAACCUGGUUCAUCUUCUCAUCCCUACUAGACAAGGAAAAGGUCCUGGAGAAGGCAGUUGAUGCUCAUGAUGGUUUUGAAUUGCUUAGUGGUAUUGAAACCGCUGCUGAAAAAUCGUACGACAUAAGAGUACGAAAACCGUUGGAAGGGAAGUUCCCCAACAUCCAGGUCAUAUAUUCGCGUGAGGAUGUGAUUGACAAAAUCCUUCAAGACAGAGAUAAGAUCUACUGUUUUACUAUUUUCAUAUCCGAAUCCACCUGCAGCGUCAUUAAUGAGCUCGCCGCUGCCCACAGGGAUGUCAAAUUUGUUGUCAGGGACGCCACCUGGGAUCCGCAGCCGUAUUCAUAUGAGCUGCCGGUAACAGGGAUCCACAAAGGCUCAGCGGGUAGCCUUUUCGAGGUAUAUGGAGAAAACUACAGUGAAUUGGAUGCGGCGGUUAAAAAAUGGAAGAGCCUCUCUUUCACAUAUCCUGAGAAUAUAUCCUUUGGUGAUGAGACCUUUGAGACCGCCCUGCAUAAUUCAAAACCCGGCGGAAUCUGGCCCGUGGUCUUUGGCUCAGUGUUCACUGGCGAUGAAACCACGAAAAAGCUCAUCAGCUAUACCGAUGAAGUUGCAGGCCAGUAUAAUAAGGACAUUUUGGUUUGGGUAGGCGUCGACGCUGACGCCUACCCCAAUGCGGGAGACAAAUGGGGUGUCAAAGCCCCUGCGGUGGUCUUUUUCCAUAAAGGCUCACUAUACUUCUACUGUGAUGCAGGCAACUAUCAGAAUCUAGAGUCCGAGCUCAGGCGACAUAGUCUCUAGUAGGAUUUGGUAGUAUCUCGCGUCUGUCCAACCAAGUCUUCAGUUAGUGCGACUCUAACCAAAUUAUGUGAUUAUCUAUCAAUAGGUUCCCUUGUGCUAAAGGAUUGCUCAGGAUUAUAGUAUCAUAAUCUUACCAUUCAGUCUUCUUUAUAUAAU